UAUUUGUUAUUUAAAUUUGACAAAUGAAUAAUUAUAUAAAGAAAUAAAUCAAUACAAGAAUAUGAUACUUUAUUUUUCUAUUAUUUUUUGAAUCAGGUAAUGUGUGAUCGGUAUUGAUUUUCAUUUACCUAUUGAAACUAUGAGUAUGACAUAUGAUCAAUUUAUGGAAUAUGCUUUGGAUUUCAAAAACCAUUCGGACUCAAUCGACGACGGUUGGAAUAUUCAUGAAUACAAAAACCAAAUGACUGGGAGUAUUAUAAAAUAUUUAGUUAAAAAGGAGAUGCAAAAAAUGAAUAAGUUUUUAGCCAAUCCUCACAAUUCAGAGUUUCAUUUGGAAGAAGACAGUGAAACAAUCAUAUGUGAAUAUCAUGUGUUAUACAAUCCUAGUUAUUCAAGUCCAGAUAUGUUUUUUAACAUGUGGUUUACAAAUGGGAAAUUACUGUCAAUAGAGCAUAUAUGGUCACGGGUGCAUUCUUUUGUUAAACAGCAAGUAAAUAAUGACAAAUGGAAUGCUAUAACUCAAAAGGAACAUCCGUUAAGUGGGAUACCAUUUUUUAGAGUACAUCCUUGUAAGAAUACUCAUAUUUUGGAUAACUUAGGUGUUUCUUCUGUGAAAACUUUUGAGUUCAAUCCCCUUACAACCUGGUUGAGUACUAUAAGUUCUCUUGUUGGCUUAGAAAUGCACUUAUCAUAUGGUCAUAAAAAUAUUGUUUCAUAUAAUUAAUUUUUAAUUGUUCUUCAUGCAUCGUUUUAAUAUAUAAAAUUUGUUUUAUUUAUUUGAUGUUUUACAAUAAGACUAAAUGCUACUUUACUUUAAAAUUAAAAUAUUUAUGCUUAUUUUAAAUUACGUGAUUGUAUUUGUUUU